CCGUGUCCUGCCCGGGCCCCGCCGCCGCCGCCGCCCCCGCCCCGCCCCGCAGCGCGGCCCCCAGCGGCAGAACCGCCGCGGCGCCGCCGGGGAAGGAGCGCGGCUGCUCGCGGGGCAUCCUCGCAGCAUCAUGGCUCUCCAGGCUGACUUUGAUGGUGCUGCAGAAGAUGUAAAAAAAUUAAAAACAAGACCAACUGAUGAAGAACUGAAGGAACUAUAUGGAUUCUACAAACAGGCUACUGUUGGAGAUAUUAAUAUUGAAUGUCCAGGAAUGCUAGAUUUGAAAGGCAAAGCCAAAUGGGAGGCAUGGAACCUGAAAAAAGGUUUGUCAAAGGAGGAUGCCAUGAAUGCCUAUAUCUCUCAAGCAAAAGCAAUGGUAGAAAAAUAUGGGAUCUAGAAUAUGCAAAAUAAUUCCCACUAGUAGCUAUCUCUUCAGUAGCUAAAGAACUAACUGUUGAGAAAAAUGCAAUACUAACUCCUUAUUGUGUAGUCUGACAGCAGAAUCUUUUCAAGAUCAGCUGUUUGACUGUAAAGGUUAUUUACAUACAUACUCUAUUUUUAGAUUGUAUCUUAUUCUAAAUUAAUUUGAACCUAAUAAAUCAAGCUUUCUCUAAGAA